AUGUAGUAUAUAAAGGCUCUUCUUUCAUACAUGAGUACCACAAGACGACCUCCAACUAGCUAGGCAAGAAUUAGCAUGCAUUAAGAUCUCUCUAUUUCAUCUCUCUAUUUCAUCUUCAAUAGAUGUCGACGAUCAUGGCAUCUUACACCACCCCAGUGAGACCAUCCCCAGCAUUGAGACCGCAGGCUUGCUCUCUCUUGCUAGCACGUGGAUCCUGGAAACCCUCUGUGGCAUUACGGCCUUCUGCUACGGUGAAGUGCCGACGGCGGGCACUCACCGUGACCUGUGCGCUCCCGGAGAAAGAACGGCCACCGGCAUUCAGCAUCCCACCCACAGCUAUGCUGUGCCCCGUGCCGCCGCCGGACGGCAAGGAGCGGUGGGACAUCAAGGACGAGGACGACCGCGUCACGCUGUGGCUCCAGGUGCCAGGGCUGUCGGAGAGCGACAUCGAGGUGACCACCAGCGAGGACGUCCUCGAGAUCAAGCGCCGGGUCACCGCCACACAACAGCCGGCGGCGCCCGUGGACGCGCACGGAGUCGGCGCGUUCCACAUCCGGCUGCUACUUACCAAGGAGUACGACGGCCAAAAUGUGACGGCCGAUCUCAAGGCCGGCAUGCUGGAGGUCACCGUUCCCAAGAACACGCAACGCCAAGGCAAACGCGUCGUGCUGGGGGCGCCCAGGCCCACGCCCACGCCCACGCCCACGCCCACGCCCCGGGGAAACGAGGGCAGUAACAGGAAAGGUCCUCCUCAACCUCAACCACAAGAAAGGAAACCAGAACAAACCCCGGGGCCAGGGAGACAGAAUACAAAUGGAUCAACGUUCUAGCUGCCGAGGGUUUUCUUCGAUGUUGUUUGAAACAAGCCUCGCAUUAUUUCUGGCUCCUUAUGGACAAAAACCAGUAAUCGGCUUAUGUUAUAUCAUUUGCCUGGGGAUGGAGAGAGCUUACGCUGUUGUACGUAGUAUCUUGUGUGUUUCCUUUAAAACCUUUGUUUUCUUUAUUACAAGGGUUCUUUUGGGUGUGCGGUCACAGACACAGAGUUGUGGGGAUCAAGUGUUCGACA